GAAGCGCGUCUGUAGUGUGGGCGUUAUGAACCUUCAAGGUCAGUAGCUUCAGAUGCCCAAACAGAAGAAAAAGCCGAACAGACCUGCACUAGAGUUCAUCAAUGAGCCUUUUUCGAAGCCUAAAGGAGAGCUUGUGUAUAAAACAUGCUCAGAACUUUAUCCGGAAGUAAAAAGAGCACCUACUGACGAAGCCUACUUCUGGUGUGAACCAACUUUUAAAACAGUGAAAGUUGAAAAGAAAAAAACACUAACCAGGAGUUCGUCGAAUCCACGUUAUGCCCUACCGGAGCUGGACUUUGUUGAGAAUCAGCCAGUUCAACCAGUGUUACCUAAUCUUAAAAAGCAAAAGUCUUGCCCGUUAUUUCCUUUAAAAUCUCCUGAAACAGUCAAUCGAAAUUGUAUUGUAUUAGUUGAAGAGACACCAGAAAAUCAUAAUCGUAUGAGUAAAAAGUUAUAUGAAAAAUAACAGGUAAUCUCAGUACACUAAGCACAACAACAAAUAUGAAGAAUCUCCGCAUUUGAUAGGAUAAAUAUUCAAAUUAAAGAUUAGAUUUUCCUUGUAUUUUUCAAUUUCUGAGCAUUGACUUUAUUACUCAAAUUAUAUGCAGCUAUUUUUCUUCUCUCCUACACUUUGUCUGCAUUUUAUAAACUAUUUUUGUACCUUGAAAUUAUAUAUUUAUUAACCUUACUUUGAUUUUGAAGAUGAGUUGUACCGGUUAUUGAUUUUAAUUGAUGUGUAACUUGGAC